CAAAAUCCCAGCAACGAGAACCAACCGACAUAAUAUAAAACUUUGAGGCAUCCGACCGGACACAGACUCCACCAACACACCAAAUCAAAAACACAUCCCCCACAAUAUCCGAAACUGAACCACACGCGCCCUCUAAUCGCCUGUGGAAUCUCUCCAAAUAUUCGCAAAACUCUACUCCCCGCCACAUAAUCCACCAUAAGCUCCACCCUCACGUGAACCCCACGCUCGCUCUCUCUAGUAUACUCGCCUUCCCAUUGGUCCGUAAGACGUCACUCCCUAACAUGGCGCGUGAGUCAAUCACCCCCCCACCCCUGCUAUGAAACUUCCCGGGCACGACUCUUUUGGUGCACCCACACGCUUCGUCCACUUCUCCGCUCCCUCACGAACCCCUCCCUCGCCGUACACCUGUAAGAUAAGGAUACAGAGAGAGAGAGAAGAGAGAGAAACUUGGUGAGAGAGACUGUGAAGCGUUUUAGAGAGAGAAACUAGAGAGAGAAGGUGCGAGAUCUGGUCGAAGAGAAAGGCAAACGAAGCUCGAAAAGCUCAAAAAGCUCGAAGCUUCCCCCUACUGUUGGUUGUUGGUGUUGUUGAUGUUGUAAGCCCUAACUUUCUCUCUCUGUUUUGUUGUCUUUUGGUGGGAAACCCUAAUUUGAUUUUUGUGUCUGUAUGUGGGUGUGUGAGAAUUGGGGGAAAUACUAGGGUUUUGUCAAUUUUUUUUUUGUUCUCUUUUGUGGAGAGAGGGAAAGCGGAAAAAAAACCCUAGGAAUCUUGGAUCUUUGCGAGAGGGGAAAAAGUGGGGGUUAGGGUUUUGGGAGGUACAUGUAUGGCUUCGGAGCCUAUAGUAGGAGAAGGUGAUGGAGCCAGAGAGAAGCAGAGGUACACGGAGAGCAAGGUCUAUACUCGAAAGGCUUUCAAAGGCCCCAAGAAGAAGAGCAUCGACAACAACACCACCAAACCCACAGAGGCCAACCCAACAGCCACAACCGCCACCGCCACAACCACCACAGCCGUAACCGCCCCCUCCGUCACCACAACCACCACCACCGCCGACGACAAUAACAUCAACAAGAACGAUAACCACCGGAAAGACAACAACAUCAACCAGAACGACAACAACAUCAACCAGAACGACAACAACAAGAGCGACAAGCAGGAUAACAACAAGAAGAAUGAUGAGAAUGAGAAUUCGUCCCAGCCUCCUCCGGCUCAGACUAUUGCGUCUGAGGGGAAUUCCGCUCAGCAGCAGCAGCUCCUUCCGCCGUCUGAUGCUGCCGCCUCUGGCGAUUCCUCCAGCCUGAACCGGCAAGAGGUGGCCGUGGCAGUGGUGGAACCUGAAAGUCGGGACCCACCUGUGGAAAAUGGGCUGGCGAAGGAGGGGCCGGAGAACCGAAUGAAGAUUAAUUUGGCUUCAAGGUCGAAGCAGGAGAUGCGUGAGCUUCGGAGGAAGCUUGAGAGUGAGCUUGAUAUGGUGCGGAGUUUGGUGAAGAGGAUUGAGGCCAAACAGGGGCAGAUUGGUGGGUUUAAUCACUCCCUUGUAACGAAUGAGGGGGUCAAUAAUAGUGGUGCAGUGCUGAGACGGGUUCACUCUGAGGUUGCUUCUGUUGGUGUUCCCCGUGAAGUUACCAGGCCUUUGCAUCAGCUGAGUAUAUCAGUGUUGGAGAAUAGUCAGGGAAUGAGUGAUAUUGUGGAGAAAGAGAAGAGAACCCCCAAGGCGAACCAGUUCUAUCAUAAUUCUGAGUUUUUGCUGGCUAAGGAUAAGUUUCCACCUGCUGAGAGUAAUAAGAAGUCAAAAUUGAAUGGGAAGAAGCAUGGUGGAGGAGAUUUAGGGCAAGGGUAUGGCAUGGGAAGCAAGUUUUUUAAGAGUUGCAGUUCUCUGCUUGAAAAAUUGAUGAAACACAAGCAUGGUUGGGUGUUUAAUGAACCUGUUGAUGCUGCCAAGCUUGGUUUGCACGAUUAUCAUAUCAUUAUCAAGCACCCAAUGGACUUGGGUACCAUUAAGUCGAGGCUGAACAAGAAUUGGUACAAAUCUCCGAAAGAAUUUGCAGAGGAUGUGAGACUUACAUUUCACAAUGCCAUGACUUAUAACCCACAAGGGCAGGAUGUUCAUGUUAUGGCAGAGCAGCUAUCCAGGAUAUUUGAGGACAGGUGGGCUAUCAUAGAGUCAGAUUAUAAUCGUGAGAUGAGGUUUGGAUAUGAUUAUGGGGCUAGUCUUCCUACACCUACAUCAAGAAAGGCACCUCCACUGCCACCACCUCCUCUUGACAUGCGAAGGAUUUUGGACAGGUCUGAGUCUAUCUCUCAUCAUGUUGAUCCCAAGCCAAAGCCCAUCACUAUUACUCCUAGAACCCCCGCUCCAAAGAAGCCUAAGGCUAAGGAUCCUCAUAAAAGGGACAUGUCUUAUGAGGAAAAACAAAAGCUUAGCACAAGCCUCCAGAGUCUACCUUCAGAGAAGCUGGAUUCCAUUGUACAGAUUAUUAAGAGGAGGAAUUCUGACCUAUUCCAGCAUGAUGAUGAAAUUGAAGUGGACAUUGAUAGCGUUGAUGUUGAGACCCUGUGGGAGCUUGAUAGGUUUGUAACCAACUACAAGAAGAGUUUGAGCAAACACAAGCGGAAAGCUGAAAUGGCUAUGCAAGCCAGAGCAGAAACUGAGCAGAAUGUCCAGCAGCAGACCCAGGACCCCAUUGUGGCAGAGGUGCCCAAAGAAACCAAAACAGAUGAAAAGAUUAUUUCUUCUUCAACACCCAUUCAAGGGGAUAACCAGGGUGAUAAUAGGAGUAGGUCAAGUAGUUCAAGCAGCUCUAGCAGUGAUUCUGGAUCUUCCUCAAGUGACUCAGAUAGUGAUAGUUCGUCAGCAUCUGGAUCAGAUGUGGGGUCGCCGAGGACUUAACGAUUUAAUUUUGAGAUGUCUGAAAAUUAGGGUAGAUGGUGAUUUUGCUGCAUGGUGAUUGGAAGCUUUUCAGACGAUGGAUUUGAAUCUACAAUUGGUGUAUAGUGGAAAUUUUCUCCAUGGGCUCCAACCAUCCUGCAAGUAUAGAUUGGGGUUGUCACUUUAAUUGGUUCCUCAAUGCCUACAUGCGGCCCCCAUUGGUCUGGUCAGAAUCAGAAUUUGUAUAAUAUUGGUAGAAUGUGGUGAUAAUUAGUUUCUCAUAGCACGUGUACAUUUUGCUAAGUACUGCUACCCGUCUAAAUUCCGGUGACUUGGUUUCGGUUUCGUGCUGACAGAUUCAGGAUGCUUUGGUUUUACACAAUAGAUAGAUAGUCUGUAAUCCAAGUUGAUUGAGUCAAAUUGCUCCAUAUGAAUUUUCUUGUGUUUUCAUGAAAUGAAUAUGUUGGUAGAUUUGUAUGCA